CCUUUGUUUGGAGCCACACCCUGAUUUGCAUCAGCAGCAGAAUGACUCCUUGGUGGUCAGUGCCAGUGAUAUUCUCUCUCUUAGUGACAGUUUCAGUAGCUAAGGAAGCCAGUACGUACAGUCUCUCCAUUGACGAGGUACAACAGUAUACAGUAAAUACUGAGACUCUGUAUUCAUUUGCGGUGUCAGCACCAGUCAGUGUGUCUGGGGUUAUAUUCCAAGUACACUCUCAAUAUGAUACAAUACGUCUAUCAACAUCAGCCACCUUCUCUUACUCUACCACAGUAUCUGGUAGUGACAUUGGACUCUGGAGCCCCAGUUCAGACCAUACCCACACAUUUUAUUGCAUAGCCACCAGUGUGUUCAAUGCUAGUACAACUGCUAUUCUGGCUGCUGCUACUGAAAUAAAGAUUAACGCUCCAAUACCAGGAGGUUGUAACCUAGUGUCUCCAAUAGAUACUGAUCCCAAUGUUGUGCUGAACUACACUGCUUACACUACUAGUCUGCUGUUCCAAGAUGGGAACCAAGGAUACAAUGGAAGUGGACCUCCUCCAUUGUGUACUGACUCCAGUGUUAGUCCAAAGCAUUAUGGUGUCUCUCAAUUGAAGUACAUCAUUUAUCGGAAAAUGAUGAGAACCAGAGACUAUAGUCAGGGGACUUACUUUGCAACUCUUAAAAAUAUAAUAAAAUCCAAUAGCUAUAAGGACUUGCCUAGUUUUUCUGAGAGUGCUACUGGAAUUAAAAACUUUACAAUUGAUUCAUUCAAAGGAAUGGGUGUAGUUUAUGUUGUCAUGGCUACCAGUUUGACGAAUGGAAUGAGUUCAGUCUAUGUCCCCAGUGUUACUUAUGCCUGUGCAUUCAACUCUCAUGGUCUUUGUGAUACUAGCCUCUCCACUACCGACAUUGUUGUAUCUGUCAUCUGUGGACUCAUUGGUCUUUGGUUAAUAUUUCUAUCUCACCGGUUCUUUCAUGUUGAAGUUCUUUUAUUUUCAUUCAUUUCGUUCACUUACUGCUCCUACAUACUGACUACUGCACUGCUACACUAUUCACAUACUGAAUUGGUGAUACUUGCUGCUGCUGCUGGUUUAUGUAUUUCUUUAUUUAUUUUUAUAAUUUGGUUUUUUACUGGUUGGUUUAUGCCUUUUAUGUUUAUUGUUAACGGAGCCACAGGAUUCAUUAUUGGAGCCAUUCUAUUGUACACACCUAUUGGUUCAUACGAGUUCUUUCGAAUUGGAUAUGUUUAUGGAUUGUUAUUAGCUUGUUUUGUUGUAUUGCUAUUAAUUCCAGCUGUUAUAUUCCCUCGUCCUUCUAACAUAUUCUCCUCCUCGUUAAUCGGAGGAUACCUUGUUGUGUAUUCAAUUGGUAUUUUUGAGUUCAGCACUUUGGACCAAAUUGUACUUAAAGUAGUGCGAGUUGCUUCAGUCAAAGACUAUCUAUCAUUUCAUCAAGUGUAUCCUUUUACUUUAUAUGAUAUAAUACUUUCCUGUGUCUGGGUGGUCCUCUUACUACUUGGUAUCAUUAUUCAAUGCUUGUUAGUCAGGAAAAGAGAUCCAUUCCCAAAGAAGUCUUUGUUUAAACAGUUAAAGGAGAAGUUGUCCAGUCGUGUAGACAAAGAGGAAGAAAGAAGACGCCUUUUAUCAAUUGGGUCUGCAGGAAACUUUAAGGAGUAUGGAUCAUUAGUUAAUUGAUGCACUAUUUAUCUCUUCAUGCUAUGGUAUAUUGCUUUUAAAAUGUAUGGAUCCCUUUUUAUUAACAAUUUUAUUAUGCUAUCACGAAA